GAAAAAAAAAACAAAGAAGCGAUUCUCGUCCUGAAAAAAGCAAAAAAGCCUAGAAAAAGAUGAGAUCUUCUUCAGGAGCGUUCUGCAUUUCUGCAUAUGUGCAGAAGAACGAUGUCGACAAUCAGACUGAUCUCGAAAUCUACUAUAUGAUUGCUGAUAGUUUUCUCAGACGGGCGGACAUCUACAGAGAGGAGAAGAAGAUAAUGCUUCUUUAUAUUAUGCUUAUGAAGUUUUCAAGUUUAAUGUCUGAAACUAUACCAUGCCAUCGAGACUACCUAGUGUCUUUAAAAAGAGAGCGGCUUUCUUUUAAGAAGAAAUUAUUGAAUGCACUGACUGAACUAGAGAUGCUGGAACCUACUGUUAAAAGUCUGAUUGAGGAACCAAACAGAAAAUGCAGGAAAAAAGUAGCCAAGUCAGAUCAGGUCCAAUAUCCAAGCAACUUAGACUUAACUCCAGUCGAAGUCGAGAUGCCAAGGGUUGUCCUAUGUCCAGAGGAGAUGCCAUCAAGACACGGGCCCAACAACUUAGAUUUGACUCUAGUCGAAGUCGAGAUGCCAAGCUCCGUUGUUCCAGGAUUUUUUUGGGAAUCGUGCCAAAUAGGGAAGGACGUUGAGGUAGCAGAACACGAAGAGUUCACGGCCAAGGACUACAAGGACCCUCCUCCAGCGCCGUUGAUCGACGUCGACGAACUGACCCAGUGGUCCUUCUACAGGGCCCUGAUCGCCGAGUUCAUCGCGACACUUCUCUUCCUGCACGUCACGGUCGCGACGGUGAUCGGUUACAAAAGUGAAGUGGACCCCACCAAGAACUCCGCCCCUGAUGCGGCUUGCAGUGGAGUCGUCAUCCUCGGCAUCGCGUGGGCCUUUGGUGGAACGAUCUUCAUCCUUCUCUACUGCAUGGCUGGGACUUCGGGUGGGCACAUAAACCCGGCAGUGACGUUCGGCCUGUUCCUAGCGAGGAAGGUUUCCUUGAUCCGGGCUGUGCUGUACAUGGUGGCCCAGUGCUUGGGUGCCAUCUGCGGCGUCGGCUUGGUGAAGGGCUUCCAUAAGUCCUACUACGACAGGUACGGUGGUGGGGCCAACGAGCUAGCCCCCGGCUACAACAAGGGCACGGGCUUGGGCGCGGAGAUCAUCGGGAGCUUCGUGCUUGUCCACACCGUCUUCUCCGCCACCGAUCCCAAGAGGAACGCCAGGGAUUCUCACGUUCCGGUUUUGGCACCUCUCCCCAUCGGAUUUGCCGUUUUCAUGGUCCAUCUUGCGACGAUCCCGAUCACGGGCACCGGCAUCAACCCAGCUAGAAGUUUUGGGGCUGCUGUCAUCUACAACAAAGAUAAGGCUUGGGAUGAUCAGUGGAUCUUCUGGGUGGGCCCAUUCAUCGGCGCCGCCAUUGCCGCAGCAUAUCACCAGUACAUCCUCAGGGCGGCAGCCAUCAAAGCUCUUGGCUCCUUCAGAAGCAAUCCGCACGUUUGAUUCUCCCCUCAAAAGAAUUAAUGGCGUGAACGUCCAUGGAAGGUUUGUCAGUCAGUCCGUCAGCGCAGCUGGUCUGUUAAAGUGUCUGGGUCUUUGCAGAGAGAGCUGAGGGACCAUGAAUUGUAGAUAAAUCCGUUUGGUAGGGUUUUGUAUUCCUGUUUGUCUAGCUACUUUGUGCUC